AUCCCGAACCACUAUCACUCUACAUGUAUCGCCACACUAAACUCUCUCUUCCAAAACAUUUUAAAAAAUAAAAUAAAUUCUGGAAAAAAAAAACCCCAAAAACCAAACCCUCUGUCUUCUCCUUCAUUCUCGCUUGAAUUUUGGCGGCGGCGGCAAUGGAGAAUCAAAAGGUUAAGCUUAUGUGUAGCUAUGGCGGAAAAAUUCAGCUUCGUCCUCACGACCAUCAACUCUCCUACGUCGGCGGAGACACCAAAAUUCUCACCGUUGAUCGGAACGUCAAGUUUUCCGACGUAGCUGCGAAGGUGAAUUGUCUCUGCAAUUGCAACGCGGAGAUUUGUAUAAAGUACCAGUUGCCUGGCGAAGAUCUCGAUGCACUUGUUUCUCUUAUCGAUGAUGACGAUGUUGAGCAAAUGAUGGUUGAAUACGAUCGCAUGCAGAAAGUUUCAACAAAACCGGCUAGGUUAAGGCUCUUCCUUUUUUACCCGAUUCGUUUACCAGAAUCGCCGUUGAAUCCGGAUUUUUUAUUCGGUUUUGAUAAGGAUUACAACCCGAACCCGAGUUCAACGGCAACAGAGGAUCUUCUGCAAUUGCAAUUCCCCGAAAAUUCAGGAUUGGAUAUGUCAAAAAAUGAGGGAAGCGGCGUGAUAGUUGAAGUUCCGAAAAUAGUUUGUGGUGACAACAGUAGCAGCUUGUUGGUGAAGAGUUAUUAUUCACAAGGGUUACGUGAAAGGCACGUGAAUGGUGGGGCCUAUGGUAAUGCGGUGCAGAUGGUUUACGGGGUACCACUGAUGACUGGUGGGUAUCACACUGGGUUUGGGCAGUUAGGAGUAGUAGCUGCAGGUGGUGGUCAAUACAUGGACCAGCCUGUCUACAAUUUUGUGCCUGCAACAACAGCAGCGAUGGUCCCAGAUCAGCACAAGAUGAUUGUGUCUACCACUGAUACUCUCAGCCGUGAAAUCAAAGGUUGAUCAAAACGUAACAGAGGGUGGUCCUAUCAGUGGAGACAGCUACGAUCUUUCAUUACAUUAAUGGAGCCACUGCAAGCACUAGAACUUUUUCUUGUUCCUGCUUUUCCCUUUAAUUAGUAAAGUUUGUUUACUCGUGAGUUACAAGCUGCAUUAUUUUUCUGUUACAUAUAA